UAUAUACCGGCCUUUCCCCCCUCUUCCUUUCUAUUCCAUCGAAGGGGCAGGAAGGAGGAGAGCGGCGGGAAGUGACACGAAGAGCCGAGCGAUGAGCAAGGCAGGCAAUCCAGGUCUGAAGCAUCGCUUCGCUCGGGCUCUUCUCCGUUCCUCUUGCACCACCUCGGCGACCACAACUGCUUCCGAUCUAAUCAAGCUCUCAACCGACGCUCCUCCACGCCAAGAGCCAGAGUCCUGCGCCCGGUGCCGCUCCUACAGCCGCCGCUGCACGCAUCGCAUCGCUCCCGUCGUGCAGGUAUCCAUGGAGAUGAAGGCCAAGAAGAAGGAGAGGAGAGUGACCGAGAACGGAGAUCUUUACGAUACCGGAGCAAGAGAGGGGAGGAAGUGCCCUCCCGCGUCACCGUCUUCUCCCAUGAGGAACUGGUAUUACUGCUCUCGCGACAAAGACGGGAAGCAGAAAGCUCAUGGGACGAAGGGAAGCAGUAGACGAACCGAAACGAGGAAGCUGCUGCCGACUGGUGAUGGAUUUAGCAGCUCUUCUUCGUUGGAUUGCAACGACGAGCUUGGUCUCUUCAGCGAUGAUGACGAAGAAGAGGAAGGGUCAGGCACUCUGUUGUCGUCGAAGAGCUUCUCCUCGGACUCAUCCGAAUUCUACUGCAGCAACAGGGGGACGAGGAACAAGGCGACGACGACGACGAAGAAGAGAAGGAGCGAGAGCUUCAAGUCCACCCGACGCCCACCAAGAAGAGGCGACCGCGGAAGCAGUAAGCCAUGGCCAUUAGCGGCCCGCAGUUCCUCGACGGAGAAGAAGGCCGGAUUUGCCGUCGUGAAGAACUCCAGAGAUCCAUACAUGGACUUCCGGAGCUCGAUGGUGGAGAUGAUCGUGGAGCGGGGGAUGAGCGGCGCAAGCGACAUGGAGGACCUCCUCCACUCCUACCUUUCCUUGAAUUCACCUCUCCACCACCCUGUGAUCCUAGAGGCGUUUGUCGACGUUUGGGAAGCGAUGUUGGCUGAGCAAUACAUGUAAUGUUGGUGAUGUUCCGGCAAGGCCGCAGAUCGAUCGAUAAACAUCUCUGCCAUUGUUCUUCGAUGUCUGUUAUUGAAAUUUUUUGUUGCGGUUCUGUUCGAAA